CAGAAAUUAACUUCGCUGACCACACGUCACAGGCUACACGGAUUGAUCUGUCGCUUGGUUUCUGACGCCGAUUUGUUUGGAUUUAAGGGUCUGACACUUCGAGAUGAGUGUGGAAGUGGAGAGAAAAUUUUUAUGCAGUGCUGACACCCUGAAAACCCUGGAGGAGAUGGGGGUUAGUGCUGGCCAGAGACAGUUUCAUGACCAGUAUUUUGACACCCCAAAGUUUGACCUGACUUUGAGAGACUUGUGGCUGAGGAAACGCAAAGGAUGCUGGGAGCUCAAGUGCCCGACAGCAACGUCCAACGGGACAACAGAGCUGAGUGGAGUACAAUCUCACGCGGCAGCGCUGUGUACACGAUACAAGGAGAUAACCGAUCUGACUGAAAUCCACCUGAGAGUGAAAGAGGUCAUAAAAGACUCAUGUGAGGUCAGAGAGACGGAGACGAGCUCGUCAGAGGGAGAAGAAUCUUGGCUGAGCAACAUGAAUCUGGUUUGCUUUGCAGAGUUUACAACAGUGCGGCGGUCAUUCACUUUAGAGGAGGACGGGGUGCAGAUAGAUCUGGACCAAGCAGACUUCGGCUAUCAUGUGGGAGAGAUAGAAGUCCUCAUACCAGAGGGAGGAGAUGUGAUGUCAGCACUGGAGAAGAUCAGAAAAACAGCUCAAAAACUGGGCCUUACUGGAGAUCAGAAAGUUGAAGGAAAAAUGAACGUUUACCUUAAAAGAAAUCACCCAGAGCACUAUGCAACACUACUGAGUGCACAUGUUUUGUAAGAGAUAUCAUACUGUGAAAGAGCUUUUAACUGUACAGUUAAAUCUGUAAAACAGACACAUUAUUUAUUAGAGAUGUUGAACAAAAUUUAUUUAAAUGCAGUUGCUUAAAGUGAACCUGACUCUCUUUGAAACUUAGAAAAUUUUCAUGUUCUGUACAAUCUAUUGCCACUUGAACUUUUUAUGUGACGUGUACCUCAAACAAGGGUAAUUUAACAACAUCCCAGUGAAUAUCUGAGAUGUCAUACUGUUAGUUUACCACUGAUGAUGAUUGUUUUCUCACUGUGAAUAAAGACAUGGAGUAACAAAGACA